GCUUAAGAUAAUACUAAUCUAAAGGAAUAGAAAAAUCAGACAUUUCUACUUGUAAGGAAUAAUUGGGGAUUGGUCAAUUCUUUCAGAUCAGUUUUAACUAAACCGGUUUAAAACCGCCAUGUAAACGUAGUCACUUUUCAAGAGAAAUUGUGAAGGUGCCGUUAAGUAGAUAGUUUUCUGUAGUGCUUAUCUGCGCUACUACCAUAACAUCAAAUACUGUUAGCGACUCAAGAAUAAAAGGAGUUGUAAAAACAAGUUAUUUAUCAAGAAAUGGCAUAUGCUUCUUUAAUUCGGAAUUUUCAUAACUUUACAUGUCGUGUUUUAAGUACCAGCAAUCGUUUAGUACAUAAUGUUUCACCCAAUGUAUGGGAAGAAAAACACCGUUCGGAGAGUGAUAAGCCAACUUUUAUGAGGAAUCCAUAUAAGUAUAAAAAACAAGAAUGCAUUUUGUGUAAACUAAACAUAAAACCAGAUUAUAAGAAUGUUCGCCUGUUAUCACAGUUUCAAAGCCGUUUUACGGGUCGAAUAUAUGGACGACAUAUUACUGGUUUAUGCAAGAACCAGCAACGAAAAGUUGAACAGGAAAUUUUAAAAGCACAAAAUGCUGGUUUAAUGGGAUACUAUACAAAAGAUGUGGCAUUCUGCAAAGACCCUAAGCUAUUUGACCCGAAUCAUCCUUUUAGACCGCAUAAAUAUUAAUUAUAAUACAUCAUUGAAAUAAAUUUCAGAACGUUUAUGUAGACUA